GUUUCAACAUGGCUUCUUGAUGUUUAGCUCAAAUUAAGCAUUUGAUGCUAUACGUUAUAUAAUUUACUCAGUAAGUUACAUAACGCAUAUAUGUGGGCUUUCAGUAUAUGAAAAAAAGACGAGAGCAGUGAUCAGAUUUACGCUAAAGAUGGAGAUACUUGCUGAAGGGACCUCUCACGCUCAGCGGGUGCUGUCCUUGCUCAACCAACAGAGGGGUCUUGGCCACUUCUGUGAUGCCAUGUUGAGCACAGCGAGUGGACAGGUGCAUCUGGCCCAUCGCAAUGUUCUUGCCUGCUUCAGCCACUUGUUCCAAGACCCCAGUUCAAACACGGCAUGUAUGAAGAUCGAGCUGCCAUUAGAGUGCCCUGACGAUGGACUAGAGCUACUGCUUAACUUUUUUUACACUGGUGAACUCCAGUUAGACGACAGCAAUUUAGAGAAGAUUCAGAAUGCAGCUAGCGGACUAUCAGUGCCGGAUUCUCUCAUACCUUGCCAGAGUUUGCCAGGUGUAGAGAAUUUGCAGUCACCUGUCUCGAGUGAAGAUGAUAAAGACAAACCACUGUUCCCUCUCACAUCUGCAGACGCUCAGCCUGAUCACACCCCGAAAGGAAAGACUAGAUCUUGGCAGAGGACAAAAAAUAAGCCCGAUGCAUGCAGGGCAGGUCCAGAGGUCACAGCUAGUGAUGAUGACCCUCCUGCCUCGACGUCUACUACCAUCACACGUUCUGGAAGGCGUGUAAAAGGGCCUAAUCGACUAGUCGGGGAUAGCCCCAUGUCUACUGUGAUGAGGCAGGGAGCAGGAAGAAGAAAAGCAUCAUCUCUAGAAGACAAAGAGCAGGAGACUUCUGCCACUGAGGACGGAGAUCACCUCAAACAUCAAGACACGAGUGAGACUGAGGUGGAUGGAUCUGUUGAUAACCAAAAUAACAAUGAUGUCGACAAUGAUGAUGAUGAUGAUGAUGACAGUGACAGAGGUGACAGUAUGGAUAUUCUUAUUGAGGGAACUGAUGAAGAGUAUGUGCCUCAUGAUUCACCUUGCUCGACCUCAAAGACUCCACGGGGAAAGCGCAAACGACUUGAAAAACGUACCAAUAAGGAGAAUGGGGAAGGAACAUCUAAAGAAAAAAUAACCAAGUACUACCUGAAAGUGCACAACAGGAGACAUACAGGAGAGAAGCCCUUUGCAUGUGCUAAAUGUGGGAAGUGCUACUAUCGGAAGGAAAACCUGCUGGAGCAUGAAGCCAGGAAUUGUCUUAUCAGAGCAGCAGUGGUGUUUUCAUGUUCAAAAUGUACCAUGACCUUUAAAAAGCGACAUGAGCUGCGUCUUCACACGGUCACACACACAGGAGAGAUGCCCAAUAAGUGCACGUCAUGCCCUGACCAGUUCAUGCAGAAGAAAGACCUCAAGAUCCACAUGAUUAAAGUUCACGGAGCUCCCAAACCACACGCUUGUUCGUUGUGUCCCAAGUGUUUCCUGUCCCGCACUGAACUACGUCUACACGAGGCAGCCAAACAUCGUGGUGAGAAACUGUUUGUGUGUGAGGAGUGUGGCCAUCGGGCCUCCAGCCGCAACGGCCUGCAAAUGCACAUCAAAUCCAUUCACAGAAAUGAGCGUCCUUUUGUGUGUGAGUUCUGCAAUCAUGCUUUUACCCAGAAAGCCAAUCUCAACAUGCACCUUCGAACACAUACUGGAGAGAAACCUUUCCAGUGCCACCUCUGCGGCAAGACAUUUCGCACACAAGCGAGUCUGGACAAACACCACCGCACGCAUACAGGAGAACGGCCAUAUAGCUGUGAGUUUUGUGAGCAGCGCUUUACUGAGAAAGGCCCUCUCUUACGCCACAUAGCCAGCAAACACCAAGAAGGUCGACCACACUUUUGCCAAAUCUGCAACAAAAGCUUUAAAGCCAUUGAGCAGCUCCGUGUUCAUGUACGACGUCACAAAGGCAUGAGAAAAUUUGAGUGUACUGAAUGUGGUUACAAGUUCACCAGACAGGCACAUUUGCGACGACACUCACAGAUCCACAACCGUGUGGAGAACUACAACCCCAGACAGAGACGCUUACGUAACCUGGUAGUGGAGGACGAGAGUGCAGCUGCUUCAUCUAGUCCUCCCAGCCAGGUGGAGGCUCAGGCUGGACCAGCAGACGUGGUUAACCUAGUUAUCCAGCCAGAGGUGGUUGUGGUGGAACAGGUCGUCUCAGCCUCUGCUGGAGGAACAGGAGGAGAGCAGGCCACAUAUUCAGUGACUGAUGGAGCAGUGAGUGGUGAACAGACUGGAAAGACUGAUGGUGGAGUGGAGCAGACUCCGUUCACUGUAGCAGAUGCGAUGGAGCAGACCCUGCUGGUGACCGAUGCAUACCCCAUCCAUCAGUCCAGUGUGGUCACGGGGGAACUGCCCAGCUCUGCAGCUGAUGGGAACAUCUAAAUGAAGGGACUUAUUGAUUCCAUUGCAACAAAGCUACUUUACAACAAAGUAUGCAGUUUAAAGGUUUUAAAUUCUGUCAUUAUUUCCUCAGCCUCAUGUUGAUCCAAACACGUAAGACCUUCAUUUAUCUCCGUAACACAGAUUAAGGUAUUUUUGAUAAAAUCCGAGAGCUCUCUAAUCCUCCAUAGACAGCAAGGUUCCUACCACGAUCAAGGCACAGAAAGGUAGUAAGGACAUCGUUAAAAUAGUCCACGUGACAUCAGUGGUU